AUGUCCGUUAUUCCCGCUACCAACUUUCCAUUGAAGCAGCAAGAAUUGCCAAGAACUAUUCACGACGUGGAAAAUGGUCGAAAAAGAUCUUCGCGCCUACGCUUUCGGGAUGCCAUCGUAGCCAUGAUUGACAGGCAAAGAGCCACGGAAUUUAAACGGAAGCUUAUUGAUGGGAUCAAUCGCGAGGAACUAGAAAGUUAUCGAAAGAGUGAAGAAGAGCUGAAAGAUAUCAAGAACAAGAAAGUGCGCCAUUUUUACGAAGACCAAAACGAGCGACUGGAUGACUGGAUGGAAGUCGACACUCUCGUCAUGACAUUAGCGGACGAUGUCGUUGACAGCAUGAACCCACGUGAUCUAGAUCACGACGGCGUUGCGGAAGCCGGAGGGCCGCUUCAGGGCAGCGGGGUGAAUGUGGAAUGUUUCUUGCCCGAUGAAGCACGCGAGAAGAGGCGGAAGGAAGCCCGGUCUGCGAGAUUGGCCAUCAAUAUCAACGUUGUCGCUAACAUUCUUCUUCUAGCUGCCAAGUGUAUUGCGGCUGGCUACUCUUCGUCCCUUUCACUCAUUGCAUCUUUGGUCGACUCUGCUCUAGACCUGCUGUGUACACUGAUAAUAUGGAGCACGAAUAAGUUGAUUAUGGUAAUAUCCUUUUUGCAAAUUUUAGAAGAGUCUUUUGAGCAGUUGCUCCCUUCAGGGAAGCACAAAGUGACUCAGUUGCCGCCAGUUGCUAUUAGUGCUAUGGUCAGUACUAUCGUUGUCAAAGGCAUCAUUUGGUUCGGCUGUAUCCAGAUCAAGACUACCCAAGUUCAGGCACUCGCGCAAGAUUGCAAAACUGACGUGUUUUUCAACACGCUCUGUCUUCUUUUUCCGGUCAUUGGCUAUCAGCUCGAUGUUUGGUGGCUCGAUCACGGCAAAACAUGCUUCGAAAACGUCUUGCGCCUCACCGGAGUUUCUGCGCCUGAGAGGAUUGCUCGCAAAAUGAUGUUCUUGGCUUGGCGCUUCGCUCCUGUCGUCGAUGGCUACAAAGCAGUCAAGACUUACCACGCCGGCGAUGGAGUAUGGGUUGAGAUGGAUGUUGUGCUUGAUGAGCAGACUCCGCUAAGGAGAGCCCAUGAUGUUGCGGAAACCUUGCAGUACUGUUGUGAAGGUCUUGGAGAAGUAGAUCGGGCGUUCGUAUCAAUGGAUUAUACAUUCCAAGGCCCUUCUGGGCACGCCACAGAAAAUAUCUAGUCGCAGAAUUUUUGUAAACUAUGUACCAUAUUACUCUCUCAGCAUUUAUCGGGGUUCAAUGUAAAAGUCGAGUU